AUGCCACCACCGCGCCGCAACAACAGUCGAGGUUUCCCCCUACUAGGCCCACUAAUUGGGCCAAUCCGCAAGGCACGGCAAACCGUUAUUCCAAGCGCACCCAUGCCGCCACUCAGGACCCGGGAAAGGCUGCAGAAGCUGGACAAAGUGGCGGAAGCUGAUCGGCUGCUGUCGACGGAAGAUCUUCUCCUGCUGAAGCGGCCUGCCGCGCUCAACUCCUCCUCCCAUUCAAUAUUCGACGACUGA